CACAGACAAUGCAAUCACACAAUCACUUCACACAAUGUUUUCCUAUCCAUUGGUUUGUGUUGUGUUUCAUGUGUCUGAAGACCACCGAUGAGACACUUGUGACACAAUUGAGGCCAUAAUAUGCAGAACCACAGCCACAAUGAGUCCAAACUGAUCUGCGAUUCACCGCUUUGGGACAAUGAGGUGUUUUGGUGGACAACGAGCCCACGACUCACCGAUUGCUUCCGACAGACACUUCUCAUCACAUUUGGUCCGAUAGUUCUGCUUCUGUUGACUCCUUUCGACUUCCGGUACUUUGUCUGCAAAGCCGUCACUCUAUCGAUUCCAUGGCGUCCCAGAAAUGUCUCAUCGGCGGUCUUAAACUUAGUGAUGAUAUCAAUCAGUUUCUGGCAUUUGCUUCGUUCCGUUUGGAAAGACGUGGACUUCUGGAGCACUGUCUUCGAGCCAAUGGUGGACUUCUUGGGCCUAUCGAUGGCAUACUUCCUGCAGAUCUAUUACCGGCGAAACGGGCGCCGGAUAUCGAUAGCCCUUCAGGUGUUUUGGUUGAUAACAGCCGUGGUGUCGAUAAUACGCCUCUAUUUGGAGCACAACCUCACGGACACCACAAUCACCCACAACACCAAUCAUUUGACUUAUCUGAUCGUCUAUUGUGUGUAUAUCUCGCUGUCAGUCAUACUCUUCCUCUUAUCGCACGUCUGUGACGAACCCUCCCAUCGAUACGUAAUCACCUCUUCGACAAACACCCACUCCUUCUGUGCCCUCGAGAACGAGUCGGCCCUCUCGAGGGUCACCUUCCUAUGGGUCCUCACAUUCCUCCGCAAAGGCUUUCACCGGAAACUCCAAUUCAAAGACUUGAACCGUAUUUGUCACUCAAUUAAAGCCAAAUACGUGUCGACACUGUUUCACAAAAUCUAUUCGCAAUACAACUCAAGACCUAAUACUCGAUCUCAUCGAAAGCCGAAACGCCUUCUCCCGGUGUUAUGGUGUCUGAGCUAUAAAUAUGUUUUAUUUGCUGUAUUACUGUUGGUUGUAUACCUACCGGCGCUAUACGGUCAGCCGUAUAUUCUCAAUAAAUUGAUAGACUUUCUGAAUGAUCCCAAAGACCUCUUAUGGCACGGAAUUGUCUUCUCCGUUGGAUUCGGUGUUUUAGGUGUUAUUUCAACCGUUAGUUACCAACAGAUCAAUGCUCUGAUGGAAAACACUGCCAUCAGAUGUAAGUCAGCACUCAUUUCAGUCAUUUACCGCAAAAUGUUUUGCUUGAGUCCCGGCUCAAGAUCUCAGUACACUUCCGGAGAGAUUAUUAACUUAAUGGCCGUCGACUGUAAUGAGAUUUUCAAUUUCAUUAAGAUAUCAUUAAAUUUAGUGAUAGUUCCCAUCACUGUGUCCAUCGGUUUAUACUAUUUAUGGCAAUAUUUAAGACUCGCAUCUCUAGGCUUAGUGGCGGUUAUGGUGUUUGUCAUACCAUUCAACGUACUCUUUGGUCACAUAUUAGACAAAUUGCAGAAAAAUCAGAUGUCUUUCAAAGACAAACGAAUGUCAAAAAUAGGCGAAAUUGUAAACUCAAUUAAAUUGAUUAAAUUGAAUGCUUGGGAAGAGGUGUUCAUUGAACAAGUGAAUCAACUGAGAGACUCGGAGUUAAGGGCGCAGAGAAAGAUGGCUAUUCUUUACGCGUUCAUAGUGUUGGUGUGGAUUAUGGCACCGGUACUAUCGGCCAGUGCCUGCUUUAUUGCCUAUGCUUUCAUGGAGUAUUCAGAUUUCAAUAUAAAAACCAUUUUUGUGUCGCUCUCUAUACUAAACAUAUUGCGGAACCCAAUGGCUAAUAUCCCAUCGGUUAUCAAUGGUCUCAUUCGCGCCACCGUUUCACUCAACAGACUUUCAAAGUUCUUGAGCGCAGAGGAAUUGGUCUACAAAUCCAUUAGACGUAAAAGAUAUGACAGUUUUAGUGUUUGCAUAGAAAACGCAAGUUUUGGCUAUAGUUUAGAUGAAGCGGCGGUACUCAACGACCUGACCAUCAAUAUUAAAAGGGGAUCACUAGUAGCUAUUGUUGGCGAAGUGGGCGCCGGGAAGUCAACCCUGUUAUCGGCCAUUAUAGGUGUUGUUCACAAACUAAGCGGUGAUUUAAAAGUAAACGGGAGUCUCGCUUACGUUUCACAAACCGCGUGGAUUCGUAACAUGAAGUUAAAGGACAAUAUAAUAUUCACUUCGGAUGAGGACGAGAACCGGUAUGAAGACGUGAUCAGCGCCUGUGCUCUGCGACAAGAUAUAGCUGUUCUGCCGGCUGGGGACCAGACAAUGGUUGGCGAGGGAGGCAUUACUCUGAGUGGAGGUCAGAGGCAAAGGGUUAGCUUAGCGCGAGCUAUAUACCAAAAUUGUGAUAUAUAUCUGUUGGACGACCCGCUGUCCGCUGUGGACGCGCACGUCGGCCAACACCUGUUCCAAGAAGUAAUUGGUCCCAAAGGACUACUUCGACAUAAAACCCGUUUAUUAUGUUUACAUAACACGAGGUAUCUUCCGGAUUGCGAUCAAAUUAUUGUGUUAAGAGAUGGAGAGGUUGUCGGUUACGGGAACUAUAGCGAACUGUCAUCCCUUGGACUUCUCCAUCAAAUUAAUACAUUAGACGAAUAUAGCGAUCAAAUGAACGACAAAUCAUUUUUAACCAAUUCAAACACGUUGUAUCAAAAGUUAGCCCAUAAGAGUUCAAUCAAUAGUGAAUCCAUUGAUGUAGGGUUACCAUCAACUAGUGAUGAGAUAACUGUCACAUCAGUCGAGAGCUCAGAGCCGUCUGAACCGAUAAAUACAAGCGAUGACGAAGAAGUGGUAUAUUUGGGAAGUGUUCUCUGGAAUGAUUACUACCGAUACAUAUCGAGCAUAGGAUUCAUAUUAUUUGUGACAAUCAUUUUGUUCAGAUUUGGUUCAAACGGCAGCGAAAUUGCGCUUAACUAUUGGUUGAGUUUGUGGUCAAAUCAUAAUACGUCCGAUAUUACUGACAGAAACUUUAAUUUUAUAAUCUAUGGCUCACUUUUGGUUAGCGAAGGAAUUUUCAUACUAUUGGGAAAUAUUGUCUUAUUUGUGGCCACAAUCAGAGCUUCCAGACGAUUACAUUUGAGGGCAAUGUAUGGUGUAUUGCGAUCUCCGCUAUCAUUCUUCGAUAGGACACCAAUGGGACGGAUAUUAAACCGUUUCAGUCGUGACAUAUCGAGUGUCGACGAAUCGAUUCCCGAUUUUCUUAUCUCUUUAAUCGAUAUCUUAACCCUAUUUGCAGUCCUCUAUGGUCUCGUGUUUUACAAUUUCAGAUACUUAUCACUAGUGCUGUUGGCUAUAAUAGCAGUGUUUUAUUUAAUUUAUAAAUUUUAUUUAAGGACUUCCCGUCAGAUGCGGCGAAUGGAAUCGAUCAGCAAUUCCCCUCUUCAGAGCCACUUCUGCGAGAGCAUCGCCGGCGUCGACACUAUCAUAGCCUACAAUGUUUUGCCACAAUUUAUCAAUGGGUCGAACAAAGAGAUUGAUUUGAGUCUCAACUGCUAUUAUCACAGAAUUUCGCUUAAUUUAUGGCUAAGAAUUUGGUGUCAAAUAAUUGGCUCCUUUAUCACAACAAUUAUCUCCGCGUAUUUGGUGUGGAAUCGCAAUCACAUCGCCAUUGGUUUGGCCGCUCUAUUGAUGAUCUAUAGCGUGGAGACUGUACUCAACAUUUCGUAUACCAUCAGAAUAAUGGCUGAUUUGGAGACUAAUAUGAUAUCUGUUGAGAGACUCCGAGAGUUCUGUGAUUUGUCUCCAGAAAACGAGUGGAAGUCGUUAGCCGUUCACAAGCCGUCCCGCCAUUGGCCACAAAGCGGUCGCAUUGAAUACAAAAGUUAUUCAACUGCUUAUAAAAGUGGUCACAAAUCGGUCCUAAAAGACAUUAGUUUUACGAUAAAUAGCGGCGAAAAGGUGGCAGUUGUUGGCCGUACCGGCGCUGGAAAGUCAUCGCUAGUUCUGUCAUUAUUCCGCAUCAUUGAGCCAAUCGGCGGACAAAUACUAAUCGACGGCUUAGAUGUGACGCGAAUUGGUUUACAUGACUUGCGAUCGCGUCUGACAAUCGUUCCGCAAGAGUCGACACUCUUUGCGAAUACAAUUCGAGUCAAUUUGGAUCCGUUGGGUGAGUGCGAUGACCACCAAUUGUGGGCCAUUUUGGAUGACUUGAAUUUAAGCCAAUUUGUGGACUCAUUGCCCGACAAAUUGGAUUAUAAUGUGACCGAAAAGGGAGAGAAUUUAAGCGCCGGUCAAAAGCAGUUGAUUUGCUUUGGAAGAGCUCUGCUCCGGAGGACAAAGAUUGUGGUGUUGGACGAGGCGACCAGUUCUUGCGAUUUGGAAACGGAUCGCACGAUUCAGAAGAUAAUUAGACAGAAAUGGAGCGAAUGUACAGUCAUUUCAGUUGUUCACAGAUUGGACUCAAUUCUAGAUUAUGACAAAGUUUUGGUCAUUGAUUGCGGAUCUCUUGUUGAAUACGAUUCACCCGAAAGGCUACUCUUGGAUACCAAUUCAUUGUUUUUCAGACUCGCAAAGGACGCCAAAAUUAUUUGA